AUGAACGGCCUUUCGGGCGCAGCAAGCGUCAUCGCAGUAAUCGACAUAUCCGCCAAGAUCGCCUCGCUCUGCUACCGGUAUUCCGUGGCUGUCAAGGACGCGAAGGGUGAUGUCGAGCGUGUGCGGAGGAAGGUUAGCGACAUCGCCCACAUUCUGGAGAAGAUCAAGCAGCUCCUCGACAGCCACGACAAGACGCGGCUCUCUACCACUCUGGGCUUGUCCAGCUCGCUCGAGCAAUGCUUAAAGGAACUGAAGAGCCUCAAAGCAAAAUUAGAUUUGGGGAAAACUCGCAAGACUAUGAGCCAGUUCGGCUUCCGCGCGCUUGAAGUCGUUGUGUUCAAUGUAGACCAGAAGCUAGAUCUCCGCAAACUGCCUGUCGCAACAGGCGCCACUUUCAAUUCCCACAACGAAGAGCAUGACGCACAGUGCCUACCAAACACCCGCACCGAGCUGCUAGACGAGAUCACAACAUGGGCGAACAACAAGGAUGGCAAGUCCAUAUUAUGGCUAAGUGGCAUGGCGGGCACGGGAAAAUCUACGAUAGCGCGGACGGUCGCCCAGUCGUUCGCUAGUCGAGGGCAGCUCGGAGCAAACUUCUUCUUCAAGAAAGGCGAGCGCGAGCGCGGCAACGGCUCGCGCUUCUUUACUCCCAUUGCCACUGAUCUAGUCGCCUGUGAGCCAGGCAUGCUAACCACUAUUAGGAAGACGCUCGACGAGGACUCGACGGUCUUGUACAAGGCAUUGAAAGACCAGUUCGAGAAACUGAUCCUACAGCCACUCUUAGGGAUAAAGCGGGCUCGUUCACAGGUCUUGGCGCGUGUUGUGGUGAUUAGUACGCUGGACGAGUGCGAGCGAGAAGCCGACAUCAGAGCGAUUCUUCAGCUGUUUGCUCGGACAAAAGACGUUCGUCCAGUGUCGCUGUGGAUUUUGGUGACUAGCCGGCCUGAGCUCCACAUCCGCUUAGGCUUUAGGAGGAUGCUAAAGAGCACGUACCAAGACCUCAUUCUCUAUGAAGUACCAAGGAACACAAUCAAACACGACAUCCGUCUGUUCCUACAGCAUGAGCUCGACGUGAUACGAAAAGAACGCAUGCUAGCCUCGGGCUGGUCUGCGCAACAACAGAUCAUGGCCUUGGUUGAGCUAGCUGUGCCACUAUUUAUCUAUGCUGCUACCGUAUGUCGACAUGUUAGCACAAAAGGAUGCGACCCUGAAGAGUACUUGAACAAGGUCUCGAGGUAUCCGAAGGCGGCUCUUUCACAGCUCGACCGAACCUACCUUCCCGUCCUGAACCAAUUGCUUGUUGAGCAGGAAGAAAGAGAUAGAGAAGACUGGCUGCACGCCUUCUGUGGACCCGCACUUGCUAGCCCAUCUGCAAGCCUAGUUCCACGCUUCCUUCAUGACGCUAAACAGUUCGUGCUGCGAUUCCAAUCUGUGCUUACAGAUGCGCCGCUGCAGAUCUAUUACUCGGCGCUCGUGUUCGCACCAGAGAGGAGCGUGAUACGACAAACCUUUGCAGACCAAGUGCCAGAGAAGGCUAAGAUGCUGUCUGAAACAGAAGCAGGUUGGGACGCGUGUCGCAGCACGCUCGAGGGCCAUUCCGAUAUUGUCACAGCGGUGGCCUUCUUGCCAGAUGGACAGCUGGUCGUCUCGGCAUCUGGCGACAACACAGUACGGCUGUGGGAGGCGACGGGGGCGUAUCGCAGCACGCUCGAAGGACAUUCCUCGUAUGUCACUUAUCUUAAGUUCUCGCCACAUGGCUAG